AGACAAAGAAAAUGUAGUCACACAAAUUGCACCCUUACUUUGUUUGGCAUCUUUCGUGCAAGUACAGGCUCAUACAUGUCACGGGACUGCAGAAAAAUACAGACUCAGCCUGUGUGUGCAAAGAAGAGGAGCAGAAAUUCAUUUCCUGUGAUUUUUUUUUUUGAUGAUUUUGUGAAGCACUUCAGAUUGUGCACUACUGAAAUCUACCUGCAGGCUCCUAUUCCUACCAAUGAAUUAUAGAGGAUGUUUAUGGCACACAGCGGAGCCAACAAAACCCCGAUGGGUCAUGUGCAAAUGUUUUGUUUGAACUGUGAAGCAGCUGUAAAGCAGCUGGUGUGUCUAAACCUUAACACCCUAGGCUACAGAUAACCCAACCACUGUUGCACUGGGUACGCUCAUCUCAGAGGAAGUUCUUGUUCUUACAGUGUUUGAUCACACCGUUAUGCUGAUUUAAAUUUUUUUAAAUAUUGUAUACUAAUUAUCUAUAAGACUAAGAAUUAUGCUUGCCAAAAAGAUUGACAAACUAAACUAGCAAAGGCUACAAAACAAACACCAGCAGGUCUGAGCUUUUAAAUAAUUUACAGUUUCAGUUCCCACAACAAUGGCAAUAUGUUUACAAAGUAUCUGAACGAGCCAGCGCACCAACACAGAAGGAUGGGGUGGGAGGAUUGUGGUGCGCUACACUGACAGGUCAAAGUUCUUUGAGAACAAAGCAUUGAUCAAAGUAGGCCUUUUGUUUUAGAUGAUGGUGCAACAUGACUGCUUAUCAAUACAAUAACUUAGUGAUCACAUAUUGGGCUGAGCCUGAUUACUUCUCACAAUAUUGAUUAAGUCCUCUGCUCUUUAUUAUUUGUUACCCCCAAUUAAAUAGCACUUUUCUACUGACUCUUAGCACACUGAGGGCUUUCCUAUAACAAGCACCUUUGUCUAAACCUAACCACCUUUAACCUAGCUCACACUACAAUACAGGCACUAUGGGAAACUGGGGUUUAGGAUCUUGCCCAAGGACACUUCAACAUGUAAAAGACUAGAGCAGCAGAGGACUGACCUUCUGACCUUGUGGCUAAACAUAAAUCUGAUCUUAGAUAAAGCACUGCUUUCUUCACGGUCUACUCUGCUUAGAGUGAAUACAAAAGCAGCAACACAUCCACACAAUUAAGAAGCAAGAAUUUAAGAAAGACUAAAGAAAUUAUGACUCUUUAUUUUACUUUUUUCCAAAAGAUAAAAUAGCUUCAGUAAUUAAAAAGUACCAAUUGUAAUUACCAGCUGCCUAAGACUACAAUCGGGUUGUUUGGUUUCACCAGCACCUAAAAACCAACAAAUUCACCAACACGUGCCAAAGAAAAAUCUCAAAUUAAAAGAGUGAUUAGACUAAAAGGAACGAUUUAAUAAGAAUUUUAAAUAUUUCGGAGACAAUACUCAAUAGUAGUACGCACACUAGCUGUGCCAUAAAUUAAUACUAUAACGACUACUUAACAGAACUUCUAUCCUUUUUUAUCUCGAAAUUAGACACUAAAUAAUAAAAACCACGUUAAGAAGUCUUCAGUAAUGAGCGUCCUCUUCGGUUACAGUGCUAUACGUGUGCGCAUUUAUAGCGCUACGUCCAUCAUCGUGUACAGUAAUCUUCUCACGUCACCUUCAGUAAAAUGGCAGUUGCGUAAUAAUUUACCUAGUCAGCUCACGAUGGCAAAUUCAGAAAAACGUGUUCACUUUUUUAAAAUCAGUCUAAUGGUAUCACACCUCUCGCUUCCUUUAUUUAUCUGAGGCCAUCAAAUGUUUACGGGAACAGCGUGGACUAGCGUUGUUUCCCUGUUUCAAUGCGCACAACCCGAUAUGAGGCGAGUUUUAAGCAUUAACAAUGUCACACGACAGCUGCCGUAUGAAGAUCUGCUUCAUUCAAGACGGAUAUCAGUUUACGCUGUCGAUUUUCCUCCUCCGCCCGCCCUCUCGUUCAAGUUUGUCCCUCUGCGCGAUCCGUUUGUCGUCCGAAGAGAGGAAGGAAAAAAAGAAAAAGAAAAAGGCGAGGACCGAGAGCGACGCUUGCAGCUGAUAUACCGCUGGCUCAGAAAUGGAGGGCGACACCACUGUCCGGAGAAUAAAACCCUUCGGGACUCAACAAUAUGUUGCUCAGGAUAAUAACGGAGCCCAGGACCGCUGCGAGAAUAACGGCUACAACGGUGAGCCGAAGAGGAAGCCCGAAGUGAACCUUUACCUGCUGCGGGAAGGGCUCGCAGCUUCUCUGGUCUCUGUAUUUAUUUUGGUGCUGUGGGCACUCGUUCACUUGUCUUUGCAGCAGCUUGUCAUAGGAAAACCGACGGGCGAGUUCAACGCAGUGAGAGCCAGGCAGCACUUGGAGCAGAUAACUAGUGCAGGCCCUCGGCCUGUGGGCAGCCAGGAGAAUGAGGUCCUGACAGUGGGAUACCUGUUGAAGCAAAUCGAGGACAUCCAGGUCGAGACUGCCGCAGGGCCUCAUCAACUCACGAUUGAUAUUCAGCGUCCCACUGGGACCUUCUCUAUUGAUUUCCUUGGAGGCUUCACUAGCUUCUAUGAUCACAUCACCAACAUUGCCGUUAGGCUGGAGCCCAAGGGUGGCGCGCAGCACCUCAUGCUCGCUAACUGCCACUUUGACACAGUGGCCAACAGUCCAGGUGCCAGUGAUGAUGCAGUGAGCUGUGCAGUGAUGCUGGAAGUCCUCCAUUCCCUGGCCAACCAGUCAACUCCUCUUAACCACGGCGUCAUCUUCCUGUUUAACGGGGCAGAGGAAAAUGUACUGCAGGCCAGUCAUGGUUUCAUUACCCAGCACCCAUGGGCCAAGCAGGUGCGAGCCUUCAUUAAUUUGGAGGCUGCAGGUGUUGGUGGCAAGGAGGUUGUUUUCCAGACAGGUCCAGAGAACCCGUGGCUGGUCCAAGCCUAUGUGCAUGCAGCCAAACACCCCUUCGCCUCUGUGGUCGGCCAGGAGGUCUUUCAGAGCGGUGUCAUUCCCUCAGACACGGACUUCCGCAUAUUUAGGGACUUUGGUAACAUCCCAGGCAUUGAUCUGGCUUUCAUUGAAAAUGGCUUCAUCUACCACACCAAGUACGACACAGCUAACAGGAUCCUAACAGACUCGAUACAGAGAGCGGGAGACAACAUCCUGGCCGUUCUGAAGUAUCUGGCAAUGUCAGAAAAGUUGGCUGAUUCCUCAGAGUACCGCCAUGGCAAUAUGGUGUUUUUUGACCUGCUCGGUGUAAUUGUAGUAGCUUACCCAGCCCGUGUUGGCACUAUCCUCAACUACAUGGUGGCCACAGCUACUUUCCUCUACCUGGCCAAGAAAGCCUCAAUGCCUGGCCAUGGAGGUGGGCGCUAUGUUCGAGACCUGGCCUGUGCCACCGGUGUAGCAUUGCUCAGCUGGUUUGUCACCCUGUUGUCGGUGCUGAUUGUGGCCCUGCUUGUCACUCUGUUGGGCCGCUCCAUGUUUUGGUACAACCAUUUCUAUGCCUCAGUCUGCCUGUAUGGAGCUGCAGCCACCGGCAAGAUGAUACUCAUACACACACUGGCCAAGAACCUGUACUACGGGGGCGUCCGCCUGGUAGAGCUGGGUGACCUUUACUUUGAUGUGAGCUUGCUGCUGUGGUGCUGCAGCCUGGUGUGGUUGACCCAACAUGGCCUGUGUUCGGCCUACGUGCCCAUGCUAAUGGUGGCUUUCCCCCUGGCCACCAGACUGCUGCUGGCAAAAGAAUUCAAACACAGAGGAGCAUCAGCGAAGUACUGCGUGCUGUACCUGCUGGGCCUGGCGUUGCCAUAUGUGCACUUCAUGUUUCUCAUCUGGGUGGUGUUUGAGAUUUUCACUCCCAUCAUGGGGCGGAGUGGCACAGAGAUACCCCCCGAGGUGGUGCUGGCGUCCUUAGUCACUCUGGCAACUAUCUUCCUCUCCUCCUUUUUUCUGCAUUUUAUCUACUUGGUGCGGAGCACUAAGCGGAUCAUGGCAGGUCUUGGGUUCGUCUUCACCAUCAUGUUCCUGUUGGUGUCCUGUGGCCUCUUCUUUCCUUAUUCAGGCGAUCUAGACAGCCCGCGGCCAAAGAGAGUUUUCCUGCAGCAUACAACACGGACCUUCCACAAUCUCCAGGGCCAGGUGGAGAGCCGAGACUCGGGUCUGUGGAUAAACAGCUUUGACUACACUGGCAUACAGCACAUCACACCCCACAUCCCCGAGAUCAACGAAACGGUUCGGACCCGCUGCAGAGAGGACCGACCUUUCUGUGGUUACCCCUGGUUCCUGCCCGUCAAGUUCCUCAGCAGGAAGAACUGGUACAUCCCCGCUCCGGAAGUGUCUCCGAGCUCUCCAGUGGAGUUCAGCCUGCUGUCCAAAGAGGAGACGAGCUGGGGAACGAUCAAGAUGACAUUCAGUGCGAAAGGCCCGAGCCACAUGUCUUUGUAUCUGAUGCCUCAUCGAGGAGCCAGCCUCUCCACCUGGUCCUUUGGUGACGGGACGCCUCGAUUUGACCUGAGCGGAGAGUAUUUUGUUUUCUAUUCACACGGCCUUGACGCCCCCACAUGGAUCUUCUGGUUUGAAAUACAGCCUCCCGCAGACCCUGACCCAUCUGGCCCCGAGGGGAUCAUCUCAGUCGCCAUCUCUUCCCACUAUUUCUUUGGGAAAGACCGGAGGACUGCUCAGUUGGAGGAAAUGCUUCACAGGUUCCCCACGUGGGCUUUUCCCUCAUCCUGGGUCAGUACCUAUGACAUGUACCGAUACUGAGGAUGUCACACAUCCCACGAGGCUGCUGCUGAGGAGGGCUUAGGCCCACAGGGCUCCAAGAGACAGAUGUAGAAGAGAUUACAAGGAACAAUAUGGAGGAGCGACCCCCGCUGCCUUUUCACUCAAACUGUAACACACACAACACACACGAGCUCCGCCCCAGCCAGCCUGAGAGACCCCCACCACUGUGUCAGUAGGCACUGUAGUUAACCAAGGAGAGAUGCUUGGUGCUGUGCUCACUCCUGGGUUAGUGAAAGGAAGGGGUUAGUUUUUUUUCUUUUCUGUUCUCUACUUGGUGGAUCGUGCCUUUUGCUUUACUCGCUGUAACUCGCUUUUCCUUUCGCUCACGUCCACCCCCGUUCUUCCUCACUAACGCCAGCGCUCCUCCUGAACGACUAACAUCACACGGCUACCUCCACUGCUCUUUAUCAGCAAAACCAUUCUGGCCAUUGUCAUAUUAAAUGUGUCACUACCACCUACUCCGUGCAUCGUAGGGUGCAAUAACGCAUGAUUCAUGAGUUCCUGUUUCUCUCCUCUGAAUUGAACUGGAUACUUUGAAAGUCACCUUUCAUUAACCUGCACUUGUGUUAAUAGUUUUUGAUUUACUGACAUGCCCUUCUUUACUAAGACCACUCAUUUAUUUUUUUAAAUUUUCUUUGGAGCUACGUGUUUUAACGAGGAAUGUAACACCCGCUUAAACUGUCAGAGGACAUGGCGUGCAGACAGAAAACUGUGUUAAAUGAAAACAGAUGGCUGAAUUCAAGCUGUUCUGGAAAUGGUGGUUAAAUCUGGAGGGUAGUGUAAUUUCACCUGACGUGUUUAUGCAGUUUAAUUUUGUUUUGGGGUUUGAAAUUGUUCAGGAUGAUCACCCCCGUGAAUCCACAGGGGGUUUACCUUUGCAUCCGUUUCACAUUUGUUCUUACUGUAGUAAUAACUGCAGUUUUUUUUUUUUGUAAAGAGAGGAAAAAAGUAAAACUUGACUAUGCUUCGAGCCGUCUCCAGCAGCAACUUUAACAAAUCUUUUGCUUCACAAACAAAAGCAGAGCUGUAAUUUUUUUUUCCGCUGCUCCCGGAUUUUCAAAUGUGAUCCUCUGCUUUUGUUUAUUGCAUUUGUAAGUAAAAGAAAUGCCUUCUGGGGGUUUUGGACAAUUUAAAGUGUCGGGAAUCUGGGAUGGGCUUUUAUUCCUACUUUUUGAUUUUCCCUUUCUUGAAUGUAAUAUCUGUGACGCUGCUGGAGAGGGCUCAGUUUUAUUUGUGCUGUUGUUUUGUCCGUAGCUCACAUACACAGUCCGCUUCACAUGGUGCCACCACUACCUCCAGACUGAUCAAACUCAACACAGAGAUAACAGUUUCAGAUUGAAUGUUACUGUUGGGAAGCUUUAGAGGAGAUUUAGCUAACAAAAGUUAACUAAUGUUGGAAAGGGAGAUUAUUUAAAUGGUUUAUAAAGCGUCACCAUGCUUAUCUGUGGGCUACAUCCGUUUAUAGAUGUCCACAUAUCUGCGUUUUCAGAAAGUCUGACUUCCCUGCCUCCCUGAGUUUGACUCAUCAUUAAAGGAGUCAAAGGUGGAAUCGGGUUGUUGACUAAUGAAGCAAAAGUCUUUUGUCCACCUCGAGUCUACCCAGCGAGGCGUCACCGUGAACCAUGUUGUCCGUUUGCCACAAAACGAGAAAUCACAAUGAAAGGAGGCCUUAAAGUUUUGCUUCCAAAGAUGCACAAAACGUUUACUGUUGUGGACACAAACAUCUCAGUGGUCUUAAAAGCUAUCAAGUGCCACACUGCGAAGCGUUUUCAUGCCCGUGGAUUGUUAACAUCCAUCACAGCCUUCAGCAGAUUGUCCCACUGUGUUUUUGGUUUUUUUUUUAUGCUCCACAUGAGCAAAACUAAAAGUCAAACAAUUUUAAAGCUAUAAAAUUCCUAUUAAGCCACUCUGUAGCUAUUCUGGAGUUAUAUCUCAGCACGUGAGUGGAGUUUGUGUUCGUGCCGCCUCACAGGUCAGAUCAAAUGAUAAAAGAGGAUCCUUUUUACUGGUUUCAUAGCAGUGAAAAAAAUUUCAGUCUCAACUUUGACGACAGGCACUUGAAGCGCUUCGACUCCACCUGCUGAGGAAGCCCGUGUGAUGCAGGCUAAAGCGCCUGCUUGGACUUUUUCACCUUAUCAGCUGAUUCCUGCAAAGAUCCGCCAGACCUCAGUGCUCCUUCACAAGGACAAAUAUUUAAUAAAAUUAGAUUUUUGAAGUAGUUUUUGCUUUCACUAAAGUACCACUCCUAUUUGUUUUUUUGCCAUUUACCUCAUGAUAACAUGCAUCACCUCACCCCUCUGACGAGUAAAGACAUGACAUGCUGUUCAUGUUUCAGGUGUCUGCAGUUUGAUUUGAGUGCGGCACUAAAACCUGGAAGAAAAAAAAAAAAAAGUCCAGUCCUUUCUGAUCUGUUCACUGACGGCUGACUCUGUACUUGAUCCUGCUGCUCCUGACUGAAAGAUGGAUUUGUUUUCUUUACUAAGACCAGUAAAAAGUCUCAUUUUGUCCUUAGAUGUAAGAUCCUUUAAGGGACAUAAAGAGGUUGCAGGUACCGCUGUAAUAGAGUGGGGGAAGGCUGAGAAAUGGCUCACCCUACACUGCUGUUGCUCCCCCUGUUCCUUUUCAGAUGUGAGUGAUUUGAAUUUACUAUGCGUUACUAAUGUGUUAGUGUGAGCUAGUGUAGGCUGAGAGGCUGACCGGGCACUGCACUGAACGUUUCUGUGUUCAGACUUUGAACUUUAUCUUCAUCACACAUAACGGUCUAGUUAAGUCCAUUUCAAGUCAAGAAAUACGUUCUUUAACUGUGGGAUACUUUUAAAUGUCUUAAUGUCAUAUCUAAAAAUAUUACAUUUACAUUUUGGGGAUUUUCUUUAAAUUGACCUUUCAUCCACAUCUGUAACUGUUAGUUUUGUUCUCACUUUGAUUUCUAACAAGACUAAUUUCCUUUUUUUGUGAUCGUCACAUAACCGUUAACAGUUUUUCUUUAAAUACAUCUUUGUUUCCUUAGUUGGAACUGUUGACUGUUGUGCUUUGGAUUAUUGGGUCUGUUAACAGGGUAUCCAUGUAUUGGAUUUACGGGAUGAUUUUACAUUAUGCAAAAAGUUUGAAUUAAUUUAACACUUGUACAGCAAUUAAAAAGCUUCUUACGUUUAA